AUGCGGCCCCUCUUCGCAGUCAUCAUGGCAACAAUCGCGCCUCUUGUGGCGGCGAGCGAAAUUGAGGACAUGUGGGACGUGGCAACUUGGGAAUGGCAGAGCAGCUGCAAGGAUCUAAGCAAUAGAUGCGCAACAGCCUCCAUCGUGGCCGGCCGCGGGAACCACCCCGAGCUGAUAAAAUACCUGCUAAAGAAGGCCGAGAAGCUCCCCGACAACGCCACGUACGUGUCCGGGAGGCACAUCAUGUGCUACCAGGUCUCGAACGGCCCGAACGGCUUCUGUCUCUUCUUCGAGAACCUACAGACGGCGGGAGAGUGGACUUUUACGGCGCAGGACGUUCGAGAGGGGCUGUUGGUCAUGCAGGAAAAGAUGAAACACGACAACGGCUGCAAGAAGAGGUGUGCUGCGGCCUGGCGCCGAGGUUGGGCCCCUGACCAGAGGCUCAAGCUGGACUAUGUCACCGAGAAGGUAUGCGAGGGCCUCUGCUAA